AUAAAAGUAGAAUUUCAAUUGUAGUGGUGUACUUUUCUUUUGCAUUAGAACUUGUAGUGAAGUCAUGCAUCUACAGGUUCUAGUGAUUUUUAGCUGUGUACUGUUAUUCUCUAGCAAUGUUUGCAGUUUCUCUACUGGUUCACAAUACAGAAGUCAGAGAUUUGGAGGAAGAGGUUAUGAGGAACCAGAGGAACCAGCCGACCGCUCAACCACUGAUCCCUAUGGCUGGUUAAGGAGAGAGUAUCAAAGCGCACCACAUCCCAGCCAGCAUCGAUCCCAGCCAGCAACAGGACGUGCCUCUCCAACCAUGCAGCAGAGGGAAUCACCCUACCUGUACAGGGAUCCCUCAUCCGUGGAUGCCCGGCAAUUUAGAUCAAGUCCAAUGCAAGGAUCCUGGCUAAGUAUGCAAUCAAGACAGUAUCCCCAAAUGGACAGAAACAUGCGAGCAAGACAUUAUCCCCAAAUGGACAGAAACAUGCGAGCAAGACAGUAUCCCCAAAUGGACAGAAACAUGCGAGCAAGACAGUAUCCCCAAAUGGACAGAAACAUGCAAGUAAGACAGUCUCAACAGAUGGAUGGAAGAAGCAUCAUCUUGGACGGACACAUUGGUUUACUGUCAUCACCGGAUUAUUGGUAUGAACGCAGAUACUAUGGGAGGGAAUCACCCAUGGACUAUAGAACUAUGAGCAACUAUGGGCAAAUGAUGGGCAGAUCUAUGCCACCUGGCGAAGAAACAUCUCUUCCAGUGGAAUCAGAAUUUCUGGCUACACAGCCCAAUACAUCUUUUGAGAAGACUCCAAUGACUUUAACAGCUGAUCAUUUACCUGAUUCCAUGGUCACCCAUCCUAAGAAUACAACACAUCAGCCAUCAGAAAUUCAGCAGCCUCCUCUGCCACAGAAUACAUCCACUAAAAAUAUGCCUAAUGAUGGUGAUGAUUAUUAUGAUUAUGAAUAUGGAGAUGAUGAUGAUGAUGAUGAUGAUGAUAACUUGAUCAAAAAUAUAUUAGAUGAAGAUUUUGAAGAGGAUGAAGAUGAGGAACGUCUGAACAAGCUGCUGGAUAGUGCAGAUGCCAUCAUUAACAAACUCAGGAACAUUGUGGCUGGCCAUUUCCAGGCUCAUGAAGAAGAAAUAGAAGGUAAUAAUGAAACAAUUGGGGUUGAUGGAGAUCUCGAUAAGGUAAAAGUUAAACCUGAAACUGUGGUGGACAAGAGAAAAGGGAAUCAUUCUCAUAUUUCGGAUGGUAACAGUGAUGUAGUCCUCCCUUCAACACCUGGCGGUAGUGAUAGUGAGAAGUUUGAAGCUUGGCGAGAAAAGUGUCUAGGGAAAUCAAAAUUUGGUGGCAGGCGCAUCAAAGACGAUCAUUGCACAUAUGAAGAUUAUUUGAAGCAACAGCCAGGUUCUCAAAAUGGAACUAGCCCAGCUGAUAAUUUGAGUGGAGGACAUAAUGGUCAUAAUAAUCAUACUUCAAUACCUGCUGGUCGAGACAGUGAGGAGUUUAGAGCUUGGCAAGAAAAAUGUCUAGAGAAACCAAAAUUUGGUGGCAGGCACAUCAUUGAAGAUUGCUCAUAUCAAGAUUAUCUGAACAGACUUCCAGAUUCUCCAUUCACAGAACCUAGCCCAGCUGAUAAUUUAAGUGGAGGGCAUCAUGGUCAUAAUAAUCAUACUUCAAUUGAUACUCCAAUACCUGGUGGUCGAGACAGUGAGGAGUUUAAAUCUUGGCGAGAAGAGUGUCUAAGGGAAUUUGGUGGCAGGGACAUCUUAGAAACUUGCUCAUAUAGACAUUAUCUGGCAGCACAUGAUCAUUCUGAAUUUAGAUCUGGUACAACUGAUGGAGGAAAUCCUGAACCAAUAGACCAAAAUCUGAAUGAAGUUGAUCUAGUUCCUACUGGAAACGCACAAACAUUGCCCUUUGAGCUGAUUGCAGCACAAUUACAGAACAAAACUAAGGCAGAGAUGACCAAAAUUCUGUUGGACAGACACAAUGCACAACCCUUGUACAGGCAGAAAAUGUAUCUCUUCUCACAAGAAUAAUAAAAAUAUCAUCUAUCAGGAGGAGUAAGGACAUACAAGCCCUCUCUACCACCCAACCUGACCAUUAACGAGAUUAGUAACAUUUUGUGUCAUGAAUUGUGUUUCUUGGAAAUAAAUAUUUUAAUUCUA